AUGCAUCACCCUCAACUUGCUGCAACUGGAAGGGAAAAUCAUGGUGUCCCCGUUUUUCCGUCGUCUCACAUGCUUACAUCCCUUCAGCAGGAACUCAAGGAGGGGAAAACGGCAAUCAGCCACUGGAAGCGUGUACGUCAGGGGCCCCUGUUUCUUCCGGGUACCACAUCUGUACGUGUUGUGCCACUAAUUAAGCGUCACUUAGCAAUGAGGGGGAGGGGAAAGCCAUCAUCUGUAGUUGUUCCUUUUGGUUUCUGGUUUUAUUGCUGGGGGAGGGAAUAUAAGGCAAUGGGUAAGAAGCUAUGUGCGUUCACCUUGUUUUUUUUCUUGGGUGUGUGUGGGGGAGGGAGGGAGUUUAUCGCCGCACCGUGGGCGACGCACAGGAUAGGUGAGGGAGCACACGCUUUUCCUACUGAAUCGCAUGUAUUGUAUUGGCUGCAUGGUAUACAAGAACGCAUUAAGGGAUUCUCGCAACUCGUUGUGACGAAGGUAAGAAAUACCGUAAGGAUUGUUUCCUAA